ACACUGUCAGGUGACUGUCAUUUUUUCCUUUUCAUCUGAAUUCCCAUUGUGAUAUCAUCAGAGGUUCCACACUUCACAAGGAAAGCUUCUUAUGACCUCAUCAGGAGGCUCAGACCUUGCCAGACUGCCUGCUUUCAUGGAUAGACAUAAUAACCUUCAGCUUGAAUGUUAACACCUUGAUGGGAAAGGUGUCUCAUGGAAUGUUUUCUUAUCCUUUGAACACUACUCAUUUCAGAAGCUUUGCUUCUGUUGCAACCAAACAUGACACUUAGCGUGCUGAGCAGGAAGGACAAGGAAAGAGUAAUUCGCAGACUGUUAUUACAGGCCCCUCCAGGGGAAUUUGUAAAUGCCUUUGAUGAUCUCUGUCUGCUUAUCCGUGAUGAAAAACUUAUGCACCAUCAAGGUGAGUGUGCAGGCCACCAACACUGCCAAAAAUAUUCUGUACCACUCUGCAUCGAUGGAAAUCCAGUACUCUUGUCUCACCACAAUGUAAUGGGCAACUACCGAUUUUUUGACCAUCAAAGCAAACUUUCUUUCAAAUAUGACCUGCUUCAAAAUCAGCUGAAAGACAUCCAAAGUCAUGGUAUCAUUCAGAAUGAGGCAGAAUACCUGAGAGUUGUUGUUCUGUGCGCCUUAAAACUGUAUGUGAAUGACCACUAUCCAAAAGGAAAUUGCAACGUGCUGAGAAAAACUGUCAAAAGUAAGGAGUACUUGAUAGCUUGCAUUGAAGAUCACAACUAUGAAACAGGAGAGUGCUGGAACGGACUUUGGAAAUCUAAAUGGAUUUUCCAAGUUAACCCAUUUCUAACCCAAGUAAAAGGAAGAAUAUUUGUGCAAGCUCACUUCUUCAGGUGUGUCAACCUUCAUAUUGAAAUAUCCAAGGACCUGAAAGAAAGCUUGGAAAUAGUUAACCAAGCUCAACUGGCUCUAAGUUUUGCAAGGCUCGUGGAAGAGCAAGAGAACAAAUUUCAAGCUGCAGUCUUGGAAGAAUUACAGGAGUUAUCCAAUGAAGUCCUGAGAAAAAUUCUACGAAGGGAUCUUCCAGUGACCCGCACUCUUAUUGACUGGCACAGGAUACUCUCUGACUUGAAUCUGGUGAUGUAUCCUAAAUUAGGAUAUGUCAUUUAUUCAAGAAGUGUGUUGUGCAACUGGAUAAUAUAAAGAAUUGCUCCUGGUAACUA